CACUCUCCAUUUUCGCUCUGCUUUCUCUCCCUGUCCACUCCACACACAAAUCACCGUCUCUGAAACUCUAACGCUUAGAUCUGAGCGCACAAACCCCACAAACCCUAGCUCCAACCACGAUCUGGGUGUUUAUAUUAUGCUUGUGUAGUGGAGUGCUGUUUCUUGCUGGUUAGUAAGGUUGGAUUGUAGUACUGACAGGUGUUUAUAUUAUGCUUAUGUAGUGGAGUGCUGUUUCUUGCUGGUUAGUAAGGUUGGAUUGUAGUAUUAACGUAAAUGGCAGUGGCAGAUGCUGAAAUUCCUCUCCUUGGAGAAACUACUUGUGGUUCAUUGCUGCAGAAAUUGCAGCAAAUCUGGGAUGAGGUUGGUGAAAGCGAUGAGGAACGUGAUAAAAUGCUCCUUCAGUUAGAGCAAGAGUGCUUGGACGUUUAUAAGAGGAAGGUUGAUCAGGCUGUGAAAUCGAGAGCACACCUUCUUCAGGCCUUGGCAGAUGCCCAACUUGAACUCUCCCGUCUUCUAUCAGCACUUGGAGAGAAAAGUUUUGUUGGAAUUCCUGAUAAAACUUCUGGCACAAUCAAGGAACAGCUUGCAGCUAUAGCACCGACGCUCGAACAGCUGUGGAAACAGAAAGAAGAGAGAGUGAAGGAGUUUUCUGAUGUACAGACACAGAUUCAAAAGAUAUGUGGAGAAAUUGCUGGGAACUCAAAUCUUAGUGAGGUUCCUGUGGUUGAUGAGGCUGACCUAUCCUUGAAGAAGCUGGAUGAAUUUCAGGGCCAACUCCAAGAACUCCAGAAAGAAAAGAGUGACAGGUUGCACAAGGUCCUUGAGUUUGUGAGCACUGUUCAUGAUCUAUGUGCUGUCCUUGGGAUGGACUUCUUUAAUACUGUUACUGAAGUUCAUCCUAGCUUAAAUGACUCAACUGGUGUGCAAUCCAAAAGCAUUAGCAAUGACACCCUUUCUAGGCUGGCUAAGACAGUCUUAGCACUAAAGGAAGACAAGAAGCAGAGGCUACAGAAGCUUCAAGAGUUAGCCACUCAGCUAAUUGAUCUGUGGAAUCUGAUGGAUACCCCAGAGGAGGAGCGGAGUUUGUUUGAUCAUGUUACCUGUAACAUAUCUGCUUCAGUUGAUGAAGUGACCAUCCCUGGUGCCCUUGCUCUGGAUCUGAUUGAGCAGGCUGAGGUGGAAGUUGAAAGGCUUGAUCAACUGAAAGCCAGCAGGAUGAAGGAAAUUGCUUUCAAGAGGCAAGCUGAGCUCGAAGAGAUAUUUGCCCGUGCUCACAUAGAAAUAGAUCCAGAGGCUGCUCGAGCAAAGAUUAUGUCACUUAUUGAUUCUGGGGAUGUUGAGCCUUCUGAGUUACUGGCCGAUAUGGACAAUCAAAUAACAAAAGCAAAGGAAGAGGCUUUCAGCAGAAAGGAUAUAUUAGACAAGGUUGAGAAAUGGAUGUCAGCUUGUGAAGAAGAGAGUUGGCUUGAAGACUACAAUCGGGAUGAAAACAGGUAUAACUCAAGCAGAGGUGCACACUUAAAUCUCAAGCGUGCUGAAAAAGCUCGGAUUUUAGUCAACAAAAUUCCAGCUCUUGUUGACACAUUGGUUGCCAAAACUGGGGCAUGGGAAGAAGAUCAUGGUAUACCAUUUACUUACGACGGUGUUCCUCUCCUUGCCAUGCUAGAUGAAUAUGCUAUGCUCAGGCAUGAUAGAGAAGAAGAGAAGCGGAGAAUGAGGGAUCAGAAAAAGUUCCAUGAGCUGCUAAACACAGAACAGGAAGCCAUUUUUGGUUCGCGGCCAAGUCCUGGUCGCCCACUUGGUCCAAAGAAGGUGGUGGGACCACGAGCAAAUGGAGGUGCGAAUGGAACUCCUAGCAGGCGGCUCUCUCUGAAUGCAAAUCAAAAUGGUGCGAGGUCUACAUCUAAAGAUGGGAAGAGGGAUAAUACCAGGCCGGUUGCCCCUGUCAACUAUGUUGCCAUAUCAAAAGAAGAUGCUGCCUCACAUGUUUCUGGUACAGAACCAGUUCCAGCUUCACCUUGAUGAAACAAGAGACGAGAGAUGAGAGAGCUGUGAUUUUACACCCCUGUGAUAUUAGUGUUGUUAUUAGUAGUUUUCUGCUGUAGGGAUAUAUCUUUGAAACGAUGAGGGAGUAAGUGGCAGUAAGGGAGUAGGGACUGUUUUCUAGCUGUGUAUGUCAAAUUUAGCAUCUGGAAGCUUUUAAAAUUCAUGCAGCAGUUUCAUUUGUAUUGUAGGAUAUGCUUUUGGAUGCCUGCCUCUGGCAAUAAAAAUCUUGGUCUAGCUCA